CUCGACUGAUCAUCCAGGACCCCCGAAUCACCUAGUCUCCAAAUCUGAAGCCUAAAUCCUCUCUCCCAAAUAUCAUGCGUCAACCGCUCAUCUGUCUCACUGUUCCCGCGGUCUACACCUUGAUCGCGUACACCAUCGGGGUCCCGUUGCCACCCCAACCCUGGCUGACGUUCUGUAUCCUACUGGCUCUGGAGGUCCCACUCCUCUAUUACAACCUUCCUAUCGUGAAAUUUUUGAUGGGAUCCGGCACCAUGCAACCUGAAUAUGACAAAGACACCAACGCAGCGAUCAGAGCGCUGGAGAUCGUCAAGAAUCGAAUGAUCUACCUCACCGGAGUCAUCCUCUGUUCGGGAUUCGUACUGGUCGCUUCGCUCUGCUGUCAAGACGGAACCUGGUCGGGCACUCAUGGUGAAACACAGACGUGCAUCGCCUUUUAUACAGGCAUGUUCCAUAUGAUCGGUCCGCUUUUCGCCUUCAUCUUUCUGUGUGACGAGAUCGGAUCGAAGGAAAGAAAGGUGAAAUAUCACUUGGGAAGACCUCAGCGUCAGCCUGAGGCUGUCCCGCUUGCCGUCGUCAAGUCGGCGCCAGACCUCGAGGCCGGGGUCGAUGCGAAACGAUGAGCCAGGCCGAUUCAUCGUCACUUCUUAUCCCCAAGACGCAGAGAUACCUAAGACGAACGUACGAGAUCCCAACAGCAUCGACAAUCUAUUUAACUGCGACGUCGACACGUUACAACCUCGGCCGGUUAUCCCCCUGAUCACUUUUCCAUCUGACCUUCCGCGAAGAGCAAAACAUGCAAGCGGUAGUCAGUCGUGCUAUCAACGGUCAUGAACUACAAUUCCAGCCUCUUGCUUAUCGAUCGAUCUGAUAUAUGUUCGAUCUACCCCCUGUAUAUUUCUGAUAGUUUGAUACACGAUGAUUUGCUCGUGC